AUGGAGCCCUUCCUCGGUUGUACCGGUGCCGCGCUCCUGCUCUGCUUCAGCUACGCCGGUCUGCGCCCGGUGGAGGCAGACAGCCCUUCGGCUCCAGUCAAUGUCACAGUCAAACACCUGAAAGCCAACUCAGCUGUUGUCACUUGGGACGUGCUGGAGGACGAAGUUGUCAUUGGAUUUGCCAUUUCCCAACAGAAGAAGGACGUGCGGAUGCUGCGCUUCAUCCAGGAGGUGAACACCACCACCCGCUCCUGUGCCCUCUGGGACCUAGAGGAGGACACUGAGUACAUUGUGCAUGUCCAGUCCAUCAGCAUCCAAGGCCAGAGCCCUGCCAGUGAGCCAGUCCUCUUCAAGACCCCCAGGGAAGCUGAGAAACUAGCCUCUAAAAAUAAAGAUGAGGUGACAAUGAAGGAGAUGGAGAAGAAAAACCAACAGCUGAGGGCAGGGGAAGUCCUCAUCAUCGUGGUGGUGCUGUUCAUGUGGGCAGGGGUGAUCGCCCUGUUCUGCAGGCAGUACGACAUCAUCAAAGACAAUGAACCCAACAACAGCAAGGAGAAAGCCAAGAGCGCCUCGGAGAACAGCACCCCCGAGCACCAGAGCGGAGGCCUCCUCCGCAGCAAGUAUCCAAAAAACAAGCCCUCAGUGAACAUCAUCGAGGCAUGA